AUGGAGACCUCAGGGAGUGGUGGUUUGCUGAGUGUGGUGGCACCCCAACCCAGACCUGUCACCGGUUCUCCCAGACCUGUACACCAGCAUCCCAACCCAGACCUGUACACUGGCACCCCACCCAGACCUGUACACUGGCACCCCAACCCUAGACCUGUACACUGGCACCCCAACCCAGACCUGUCACUGGCACCCCAAGACCUGUACACUGGCACCCCAACUCUAGUGUGGUGGAGACCCAGACCUGUACACUGGCACCCCAACCCAGACCUGUACACUGGCACCCCAACCCAGACCUGUACACUGGUUCCCCAACCCAGACCUGUACACUGGCACCCCAACCCAGACCUGUACACCGGCACCCCAACCCAGACCUGUACACUGGCACCCCAACCCAGACCUGACCUGUACACUGGCAUCCCAACCCAGACCUGUACACUGGCACCCCAACCCAGACCUGUACACUGGCACCCCAACCCAGACCUGUACACUGGCACCCCAACCCAGACCUGUACACUGGCAUCCCAACCCAGACCUGUACACUGGCACCCCAACCCAGACCUGUACACUGGCAUCCCAACCCAGACCUGUACACUGGCACCCCAACCCAGACCUGUACACUGGCACCCCAACCCAGACCUGUACACUGGCACCCCAACCCAGACCUGUACACUGGCACCCCAACCCAGACCUGUACACUGGCACCCCAACCCAGACCUGUACACUGGCACCCCAACCCAGACCUGUACACUGGCACCCCAACCCAGACCUGUACACCGGCACCCCAACCCAGACCUGUACACUGGCACCCCAACCCAGACCUGUACACUGGCACCCCAACCCAGACCUGUACACCGGCACCCCAACCCAGACCUGUACACUGGCAUCCCAACCCAGACCUGUACACUGGCACCCCAACCCAGACCUGUACACUGGCACCCCAACCCAGACCUGUACACCAGCACCCCAACCCAGACCUGUACACUGGCACCCCAACCCAGACCUGUACACUGGCACCCCAACCCAGACCUGUACACCAGCACCCCAACCCAGACCUGUACACUGGCAUCCCAACCCAGACCUGUACACUGGCACCCCAACCCAGACCUGUACACUGGCACCCCAACCCAGACCUGUACACUGGCACCCCAACCCAGACCUGUACACUGGCACCCCAACCCAGACCUGUACACUGGCACCCCAACCCAGACCUGUACACAGGCACCCCAACCCAGACCUGUACACCGGCACCCCAACCCAGACCUGUACACUGGCACCCCAACCCAGACCUGUACACUGGCACCCCAACCCAGACCUGUACACUGGCACCCCAACCCAGACCUGUACACUGGCAUCCCAACCCAGACCUGUACACCGGCACCCCAACCCAGACCUGUACACCAGCACCCCAACCCAGACCUGUACACUGGCACCCCAACCCAGACCUGUACACCGGCUUACAGGAUACCCACAAAGUGA